UUCCAUUGCUCUGUGGAGCCUCAAGAGUCUGGCGUUUAUAUUUGUUUCGUCUGCUGUCACACAGUGUUGUUGUGGAUGCUCUAGGGUGGAGGAGCCUGGUGUAUUUAUGAUCCUUUAUACUAAGAAAAAGUAGACGUACGCCUCGAGAAGAUGUGUGGAAUCUUCGCCUACCUGAACUUCCUGUCACCCAAGUCUCGGGAGGAGAUCAUCGAACUGCUCAUCAGGGGGCUGGAGAGACUCGAGUACCGGGGCUAUGACUCCGCAGGCAUUGGCAUUGACUCUGUGACAAAUGGUGUGACGUUGGUGAAGCAGUCUGGCAAGGUCAAGUGCCUAAGAGACAAGAUUGAAGCACAGAAGGAUGCUCUUGGCUUCGAGAGGGAAUUGAAUAUCCAUGUUGGUAUUGCUCAUACUCGUUGGGCAACUCAUGGUGUCCCAUCAGAUAUCAACUCCCAUCCACAGAGGUCCGAUAACGACAAUGAGUUUGUUGUCGUCCACAAUGGCAUCAUCACCAACUACAAGUUUGUGAAGCAGUUCCUUGUGCAAAAGGGGCAUAAGUUUGAGUCUGACACAGACACAGAGGUCAUCGCCAAGCUGAUCAAACACCUCCAUGUCCUCCACCCUUCAUACUCCUUUAGGGAGUUGGUCGAGCAGGUUAUUCAGCAGCUGGAGGGAGCCUUUGCUCUGGCGUUCAAGAGCAAGCACUUCCCAGGUGAAAUUGUGGCUACAAGACGAGGCUCCCCUCUUGUAGUGGGCAUUAAGACCAAGGAAAAGUUGGCCAGUGACCAUAUCCCUGUUCUCUACAGCAAGGAUGGGUGCGAGUUUGGAGGACGGACACUGGGUUCAAGAGAUAGAGAUCACCGUACUCACGUGUAUGAGCUUCCCCAUGGUCUUGCACGCACUGAAUCCACCGCAGAGUUCCUCCCUCUUGGAGAUGACAAGGAAGUGGAGUACUUCUUUGCUUCAGAUGCUUCUGCUAUCAUUGAACACACAAAUAGAGUUAUCUAUCUUUUGGAUGAUGAUGUUGCUAGCGUUGAUUCUGAAGGUAUUCUGAAGAUACACCGCCUCAAACGCUGUCUGGAAGACUCUCAUGCCCGUGAGAUUACAACCCUCAAGAUGGAAAUCCAACAGAUCAUGAAGGGCAACUUCUCAUCAUUCAUGCAAAAGGAAAUCUUCGAACAGCCUGAAUCUGUGGUCAAUACCAUGAGAGGCCGUAUCAACUUUGAUAGUGAGACAGUGGUGUUAGGUGGCAUUAAGGAACACUUGAGUGAAAUUCGCCGCUGCCGCCGACUUUUGCUGAUUGCUUGCGGAACAUCUUACCACUCCACCAUUGCUACUCGUCAAUUACUAGAAGAGCUAACUGAGCUUCCUGUCAUGGUGGACUUGGCUUCAGAUUUCUUGGACCGUAACACCCCUAUCUUCAGAGAUGAUGUUUGCUUUUUUGUUUCUCAGUCUGGAGAAACUGCAGAUACUCUGUUAGCUCUUAGGUAUUGUAAGCAACGUGGAGCCCUUAUUGUAGGGAUCACAAACACUGUUGGUUCUUCUAUCUGCCGGGAGUCUCACUGUGGUGUCCACAUUAAUGCAGGUCCAGAAAUUGGUGUUGCUUCAACAAAGGCAUACACUAGCCAAAUGAUCUCUCUAGUUAUGUUUGCCCUAAUGAUUUCCGAAGACCGCAUCUCUGCCCAGCCUCGCCGAUCAGAGAUUAUCCAGGGUCUUCGCAAACUGCCAGAACAGAUUAAAGAGGUACUGACUUUGGAUUCCAAGAUCCAAGAGAUUAGCAAGGAGGUAUUUGAGAAAAAAUCGUUGCUAGUGCUUGGUCGUGGCUACAACUAUGCUACUUGCCUCGAAGGCGCACUGAAAAUCAAGGAAAUCACAUACAUGCAUAGUGAAGGAAUCAUGGCUGGUGAGCUGAAGCAUGGACCCCUUGCUCUUGUUGACAAAGGCAUGCCUAUUGUUAUGAUCUGCACACGAGACAAUGUCUUUUUGAAAUGCAUGAAUGCUCUACAGCAAGUAACUGCAAGAGAAGGACGGCCGCUCCUCAUCUGUAAUAAGGGCGACGUAGAGCCUCAGAAGUUUGCUUCUAACACGCUAGAGGUUCCCAGAACUGUGGACUGCCUCCAAGGUCUCCUCACAGUCAUUCCUUUACAACUACUGUCAUACCACAUUGCUGUUCUUAGGGGCUGUAAUGUUGAUUGCCCAAGAAACUUGGCAAAGUCUGUCACUGUUGAAUAGGUGUCACUCUUGUCAGUGUCCUGUGUUCGUCCUAGACACACACUACAGUUUAAUAACAUAUUACUUUUGUCUAUAUAAAUCAAUAUUUUGGAAGUUGCUGAUACAUAAUUUACUGGAAAUUGGAUUUCAGUUCAUUAGACUCAUUGAAUAGAAAUUGCCAUAUUUGAAUAACUAAAAACUGAUAGAUACAAGUAUGUUAAAGAAAAAAACUGUAGAUGGGUCUGGUUGAUAUGCAGUUAAUGUCUGUGAUUGCUUUCCUUAUCUUUUAUUUUUUCUUAAACUGUCUUGGUUGACUUCUGCUAGCUCUCUCUUAUGUCUUUUUUUUUUUAACUUUUGUCUCACUAUUCAUAUUUUAAAAAAGUAGUCAUGAUUUUCUAAAAUUCUUCCAAUGUUGUAAUAGUAUGUAAGCCAUCCUCUGUGGUAUUAUGGUAACAUUUAAUAUGUACCCAUAAUAUUAUUUGCUUAUCAAUCUCAUCUGAAUCCAAUAUACCAUUAUUAUUUUGCUUCAAAGUAACUCAUGUAGUUUGUCUUAUCCUAAAUUGUCUGAUCAUAAUUGUAUUCUUGAUUGAAAAGAUAACUCACAUAAUUUGAAAAGAUAACACACAUAAUUAGAAGGGUAUUCUUGGUUAAGAAGAUAACUCAUCAGUUUCUUAUCUUGCUAUUCUAAUUUAUAUCUAAGUGAAGGGUUUUCUUGGUUAACAAAACACAUAAGCCUGCCUAGACAACCUAAAAUGUUGUAUCCUGUUGGGCAAAAUUUGUAUAUAUACAAAGGAUCAAAAUUGUGCUCACAUAAUUUAUGUAAAUGUGUAUUUAUUUUUAAAAAUUUGUUAUAAAGUUUCACCUAAGUUUUACAAAUUGUUGCAGCUAAUGAGGUGGUUUAUCAAAUACAUCUGCCAUACUUCAACUUAUUGACAAUGUAUAAAAUAUGUGGCACUUUUAAAUAGCAUAUUUUAUUCAGUAUUUCAAAUUUUAUGAACAUGGUAAUUUUGGACAAUAAAUGAGAUUGCUUAGGAAUACCUUUUUAAGGCAUUUUAAUUUUUUAAAUUGCCUUUCACCUUGUUUUUACCAUACAUUUUAUAGUUUAUUUGUAAAUUGUACAGCUUGUACAAAAUAUAAAAACUACCACAUAAACAACACUGAAAACAUUCCUGAUUGUGAUAUGAAAGAACUAAAUACUACAUAAUGAGUGAUAUGAAACAUUUAGAUUAAAUUUCUUUCUUAUCAUGGGUGCUGUUGUAUCAUUUCUCUGUAUAUAAAAAUUUUUUUUAUGAGCCUUUGCUCAGACUUCAUUGUAUAGGGGACUGGAAAUAAAACCUACAUUCUCAGAAA